AUGUCCCUCCCUAUUCCUGUGACUGAAGACAGAACGCUACAGGGUCGCUGGGUCGAACUUCCAGGGGGUGUCGUGGCAAACAAGCUAGGCACAAGCUCUGUGGUAGCGAUCUUCAACAGGGAACGCGUUUGGGUUUGUAACCUUACCUCAGAUCAGGAUCGUAUCGACCUUGUGAAUGGAAUGUACGAGCAAAGCCGAGUGCUCUUCCACAAUAGGGAGGUGGAAGUGUGGAUUGUGUACGCGGAGCAAAAUUGGGUGCAAGGACAGCGAAUUGUGGCGUUCUUUGAGCAGAGAGUGCCAGCUACUUGUAUCUUCAAGCAGGUAUAUCGCGGGCCAUCUUUCUUGGAAGAAGGUGCUCAGGUUCUCGUAAAGAAGUUGGUGGAUGGGACUGUCGUGGCUGCUGUGGGCCGGCAAGAUGGAGUUGGUUCUCAUGUUCUGCUUCAGGAUAGAACCACUGCGGUGUCAACGGAAAUUGGGAUUCGGUUUGUGUGA